AUGGGAUCAGCGCUUGAUCAACAUGAAGAAAAAGCUAAGAGACGUCGCCGCUCGAAGCUAGGCGACGGUUUCCUUUCCGGCAGCGGAGACACCCACGUCGUUUCCAUCGAUGGCCAUGUCGAGAAGUUGCGUUCGGCUCUGCCCGUUGUUGCGUUGGAAGACGGCGAGAUCGAGGAAGAUAGUCGCUCGCCGACAGAAAAUAACGCGUCUACGGCCGAGCAAUUGCAGGGCGGCGAGAGUGAUAGCAACUCCGAAGAGGCCCGCAUCGAUGCCUUGCUGCGAAGCACUGAAAGAAAAGCACGCAAUACGAGAAGGAAAAGCGAACGCUCUACAGAAUUUGAAUCGAGACGUGACGACAGGGCACGGCGCCGACGAUCCGAUUCUCGGCAUGCACGAGCACCUUCUCCGAUUCCUCUGAUGGGAAAUUUGAUGAAGGGCCCAAAGGUCAUAAAUCAACUCGACUUCAGCUUCCGCCCUCCAAUCGCUAGUACCCCUAUGAUUAACGGCGGUUUUUUGCCUCCACCACCAUUGAUGGGCUCACCGGGUUCAGCGUUCACUACCCAUCAGUUCUUUCCUUCAGUGGCGCCAACGCACCCGCCUUAUCAGAACUACACUCCGCCGGACAGAGUCCGUGGAAGCUGGUCUCUCGAAGUCGACAAGUUCCUGGGCCAGGGCCGGAAUAGACGCGUGAAUAACUACGAUGACGAUCGGAUGGAAAUUGCGUCUCCAAGUCCGCCGGCGCCGCCGCCCGCCGCGGAAUCCACAGAAAACCUGAACAAAAGCAGCAGACAGGAAGAAGAGGAUGAAAUAUUGCGAAAGAAGCUGAUCGAAUUGCAAAAGCAGAAACAAAUGCGUGGUAAUGACGCCCAAGUUUCUUCCGCUCCAACGGCUGCAGCUACUCCACAACCGUUUUCGCCGGAUUCCACGGACCACGAAGAUAACAUUGCUUCUGCUCCCGGCCCCAGCGAUGACCCCGUGGCUGACAUGUAUACACCAGAAAUGCUCAACCAGGAGAAGCAAAAGCUUGAGGAGGCCGAUAAUGUGAUCGUUUCCUUCCGUGAAUCGUUGAUGAAAGCUGCGGCCAAGAGAAGGCAACUUUUGAAAAGGAUCGCCGAGAUAAACGAGUCAAUAAAAUGCGACCGGGUGAAGCUGCACAAGAAUAUUGAUGUGAAGCGACAGUUGCAGCUAAACAUCGAAACUAUUGAGCUUCACUUGGAGGCUCAAGCGGCGGCAAAAGAGCGGAACCAGGGUUAUGAAGCGGAGGCUGAUCCCGAAAUGGCUACGGAAUUCAUGCUCAUCGAUGGGCUGCUCUCGGUCAACCAUGACCUGGACACAAAGCGACCUCGCUUGAAUCGGUCUUUCACCAGCCCGCGCGAAGCUGCGUCUGCCAAACGUCGUCGCUUAACGCUGUCAACCGACACUACGAGGAUCAUCCCUUUGGACCCGACUCCACAAGAGGGCCCGGAUUCACCGAUCAGCAUGCAAGGCGCAGAUCUAUCGACCGCGGUGGUUACACCAUCGGAGCGGAGCCCUUCCCAGAGAGCUGAGCGAAUAGAGGAAUCCACUUCUCAUCACAGCGAUCGGCAGCCACAACUAUGCCCGUCAUCUCCUCCUCAGCUACUUCAACAGGCUGAUGCUCAAGUUAUACCGUCCUCGCCUUCGCUGUCGAGACAGCAAGACUUCGCCGUGAAACCGGGCUUUGGCGCAAGGGCGGCCGAUCGACUGCCUUAUCCCACGCUCUUAGACCGACAAACGAUGCUGGAACACAAGAAGCGCGUCCUACAGCAGCAGCUCUUGCAAAAGCGGCUGAAGGAAGAACAAGAAUGGCAGUACCGGGAUCAUCUCCGUGUGUUCCCGCACAGGACAAUGGUCCAAAAAGCCUAUAUUGAAGGACUUGCGAAGCCAGCUACGGACACGUUUGGCCUGCGAUAUGUCAAGGCAGUCGAGUCAUCAGGAAAAUCCAAAGACGUUCCACUCGUGCAGCCCUUCCUGUCUGCGGCUGUCUUCCGGACGAUUCCCGUUCGACCACCUUCCGUUUUGGAGCAGAUCGCCAGUCAACCGCCUCCACCACCUCCGCCUGCGCAACCGGAGUCGCCUCCAACAGCUGAAAAUGUGGACCCAGAAGCUGGCGCGGCAACCCAAGAUAGUGCUAGCGACGUCCCGAACACGCCCUCGCAAGAACAUCUGGCUCAGGAGAUUGUGGCGGAACCGAUGACUACAAUGGGCCAGUCCGAAAGCGUUCCCCCGGCUGCUGGUGAACAACCUGUUCUGGAGAACUAUCGUGAAGCGCAAGAAGUAGUCGAACUGGCUCCAGGACGUGAAACCCCGGUCGAAGAGCCGGUCGAAGAGCCGGUCGAAGAGCCGGUCGAAGAGCCGGUCGAAGAGCCGGUCGAAGAGCCGGUCGAAGAGCGGAGCGAAGGGGAGCUAUCAACUUCUACACGGCACAGCGUGAUCGAUGGAUUGAUCACCAUUUCCGAAGAAGAGAUCCACCCGACCGAAAAAUCAAUUGAUGACAUCGUGGAAGAGGAGGAGCGUCGCGAGAAGGAAAAGAUUCGUGAAGAAAUGGAGCGUGAAAGCCAUGCGAUGUUGGAAACGCAACUGCGCAAGCGCUUGUUGGAAGAGAUGCGGUCGCGAGCGAAUGGUAGCGGUGAUUCCACUCCGGUCCCUGAAGUCGCCACCGGAUUCGAGAAGCUUACCGAGAAUGACGCCCAGAACGUUAUCGACAUGGACGUGGAGGAGUCCCCUCGGUCUCCCGACAACUCUGAAAAUGAGGUGAUCUCGCCGGCUUCACCAACAUACGUCCCAUUAUCGCCGCAGGGCUCGCCGGUUCGACCUCCCCACCACGAUGACGAUACCCCUCGCGUACUAAAGGGAUCGCCGGAAACGCUGGACGCUAUCCUCCGCAUACUGGACAACGAAUCAGUUUGCACUGCCGGCUUUGAUCCAAACGUUCCGUUUUGCAACAGUGAACUACUGACGCCUGGUUAUUGCAAGAAUAUCGAUUGCCAAAUGCAACACGUCUACCCGCGAAAGAUCCCGGACCCGUAUGAGGGUUUGGUCACCUUUUCCAUCAAAACGGCAAUGGAUAAGAUGCCGUGCGAUGGCUGGUCCAGUUCACGUCUCGCGCGAAUGAAGGCUGACCUCUUCAAGGCUUGGAAGCAAUGUGGUUUGAACGUGCACGAGUUCGUCCCGUCGAUCUCGGAUGUGCUUGCCGUGAAGCUAAACGAGGAGUCUCGACGCAACUCCCGCGCCGGCUCUACCGAUUCUCAUGAUUCGGCGCUUCAGUUUGAUGAACAGUUUGGGGUGCAGAGCCCGAAUGAUAUCCCGGCUUAUAACAGCCUCCUCGAC